AAUCCGGGUGGUGUGCGAACCGGAUCCAAAAUCCUACGUGCCAGAUUAAGAGGUCCUAGCAUGUUGAGGUACUAUCCUCCUACGCUCAAUUUGAGAUCUGUCAACAUGUUAGGUAGAGAGCUGGAAGGGGAUUUAUGGAGGGACGUGGUGGAUUGGAACGAGAGACAGCGAUUGGCUGAUCUGGACAAGGCUAAACAUUAUGGGAAGAACCCGCCCAAGAAGGGUCAAGGACGAAGAGCAGCUGUCAAAGGAAAGAGGUGA